GCUACUCCACUCGCCAUGGCCAUGGCCGCCUCCUCAUCCUCGUCUCCCCUCCCUCUCGCCCUCCCCCUCCUCCUCCUCCUCCUCGUCCUCUUCGCGUCCCACCCCUCGCCGCACGCGGCGGCGGCCGCGGCGGAUGCGGCGCCCGCGGGAGGCGGCGGCGGCGGCAGCGGCGGCGAGCUCCUGUCCGCGGCGCGCGCGCCGGGGUUCGCGGCGUGGCUGCGCGGCCUGCGGCGGAGCAUCCACCGGCACCCGGAGCUGGCGUUCGAGGAGGUCCGCACCAGCGAGCUCGUCCGCGCCGAGCUCGACGCGAUCGGGGUCCCCUACGAGUGGCCCGUCGCCCGCACCGGCGUCGUCGCCACCAUCGCCGGCGGCGACGGCGCUGGGGCCGGGACCGUCUUCGCGCUCAGGGCGGACAUGGACGCGCUCCCCCUGCAGGAAUUGGUAGAUUGGGAACACAAGAGUGAGGAAAGCGGAAAGAUGCAUGCUUGUGGACAUGAUGCUCACACCACUAUGCUUCUAGGAGCUGCCAAGCUACUUCAAUCUCAGAAGGAUGACCUUAAGGGUACUGUGAAGCUCGUCUUCCAGCCAGCAGAGGAAGGUUAUGCUGGCGCACGCUAUGUUCUACAAGAAGGCGUGCUAGAUGAUGUGUCAGCCAUUUUUGGCUUGCACGUUGAUCCAAGAAUUCAAGUAGGCACCGUCACCUCCAGGCCAGGGCCAUUUCUUGCAGCAUCAGGCCGGUUUCUUGCAACGAUCACUGGGAAGGGUGGUCAUGCUGCAGGCCCACACAACGCCGUCGACCCCAUCCUCACUGCAUCCUCUGCCAUCGUCAGCCUCCAGCAGAUCGUAGCCCGGGAAACUGAUCCUCUUGAGGCUGCGGUGAUCUCCGUGACAUUCAUGAAAGGAGGCGAUGCCUACAAUGUCAUCCCAGAGUCGGUAUCUUUCGGUGGCACCUUCAGGAGCUUGACAUCAGAAGGCCUCUCAUAUCUCAAGAAGAGGAUCAAAGAGAUCGUCGAAGCGCACGCGACCGUGCACCGGUGCACCGCCACCGUCGACUUCAUGGAGGAGGAACGCAUCCCGUACCCGGCCACCGUGAACGACGAAGGGAUGUACCGCCACGCCAGGGCCGUGGCCGUGGACGUGCUCGGGGAAGACGGCGUCAAGGUGGGCACCCCGUUCAUGGGCAGCGAGGACUUCGCCUUCUACGCGCAGAGGUUCCCGGCGGCGUUCUUCAUGAUCGGCGUCGGCAACGAGACGACCAUGCGGAAGGUGUACCCGCUGCACUCCCCACACUUCGUCGUCGACGAGGAUGUGCUUCCGGUAGGAGCCGCCUUGCACGCGGCCGUCGCCAUGGAGUACUUGAACAAGCACGCAUUUACGGCUACGUUCUAAGGCCUCCUUUUCAUGUAAACAUGGGGAUUUCAUAUGAAUUUCACAGAAAAUGGUGUAAGUUCUUGUAAAAAAAAACAUGGGAAUUUUGUGUGUUCCAAAGGAGGCCUAAGUCUUUCAGUGGCUUUUGAAAUACUCGUGUUUUCUAAGUUGUAGAUUUAGUACAAGAUUUUGCAUAAAGGUAAAUAAUAAUAGAGUGAAUUACAGUGCAAA